AUGAGUCGACCAAAUCUAGUCCCGGAUGCAUGGGACGAAGACUGGGAGGGCGUUGCCGAUAAACCGUCCCAACCUUCCGAACCGGUACCUGAGAAGAAGCUGUCCACCAGAGCCGCAAAGGCGCAGCGCCGAGCAGAACAUGCUGAAUUUAACCGACAGCUAUGGGCCGAUGCUGAAGCACCGCAGACGUUUCACUUCCUCGAGUCUCGGUCUACAGUUCCUUUAAAAUCCGAGUUCAAAGCCCCUAUGAAAGUGCUUGCGCGCAAGCCUCAGGGUAACCGAUCUGGACUCGAGUCAGGGGUUCAAGGGCUAUCAAUGGGAGACCAAGACCAGGUAGAUAACGAUGACGAUGAAGACUUUGACAGAAAGCCUGGGCAAUUAACAUAUGAGGAGAGAGUCGCGAAAGCUCAGAAAGAGAGGGAAGAAAAGCAACGCAAGUACGAAGAGGUCCGUGAGAGAUUGUUUGGCAGCUCAACGCCAGGUUCAGGCACAUCGUCUCCCGGCAAUAGCACCCCACCGCGUCAGGGACAACAUCAGGGUGGUGAGGGGAAGAGAAGAGGACGAAACAACAGGUCCAAUACUGGAGGCAAUCGAGAAAGCAAAGAGCGAAGAGAAAGAGAAAAUGCCAACGCGUCUCCCAAAACACCUGGUCGAUUGUUUGACCCUAACUACUCUCCAAAAACAAACUCGAGCUAUGUUCAGAGAAAGGAAAAGGAGCGUGCGACCGGAGAACCGAGUAGGGAACCACAUAACUCUCUCUCACCGUCCCCAUCACAGCCACAAUUGAAUUUGCAGUCUGCAUCCCCUCAACCGCAAGUGCCCAUCAGAAACCCUAGAGGGCCAGAUCCGAGUGGCAGAGGCGGAUUUGGUGGUUUUCCCUCGCGAGGUGGAAGAGGUUGA